AGGGGAACGGGAUCCCCCACCUGCCAGAUGAGCAGCGCGGCGCCUUGCCCGGAGCGGCCGCCGGUCUUCGCGGGAGGCCCCGUCGGCGCGCGCCCCUCCGCCGCCUCCUCGCAGCUGCCCCCGCAGACGUGGCUGGAGCCGGCCUGGGCGGCGGCGGCGGCGGCCCUCCUGGGCGACCCGGAGCCGCCCCAACCACGCGUGGAUCGCGGGGCUGAUCUGUUUGGCAACCUGUAUUUUGCCCCUGAGGAUGAGCUGGAAUCCGGUGACCAACUGUCCACCCAGAUCUACAGGAACAAGCAGCUCCAGGACACCUUGCUACAGAAAGAGGAAGAGCUGGCCCAACUGCAGGCAGAGAACCAGCACCUCAAGCAGUUCCUGAACUCAGCCUUGGUCCGACAGUUGGAGGAGAGGGCCAAGAAACUGCUCUGGCAGAAUGGCAGGAAGUCUUGUGGGGCUCCCAAGAGGCCCCUGAAAACCGAGGGUCCCCCCAUUCCGCGUGAGCCCCCCCAUGCUCCCAAGGCCCGGCGGAGCCUCCUGGGCGAUUUCUCUGCCUGCGAAGAACAGCCCAGGGCCGACGUGGACGUUUGGGUCCUGCAGACUCUGGGACUGAAAGACAUCGACACGAUCGACGAGUCUGCUUCAGCUAACUACAGUGCCUUGACCUUGGGCCCAGCCCUGACCACUGCCCUCCGUGGCCCCAUAGAGGCUACAGAGUUGGGCAUCGGUAAUGGCCGGCCAGCUGUUUACAGAUGUGACGCCUCUGCCCCUAUGGACAGUGAUACAGCCAACAGAAUGGAAGAGCUUCACCUCCUGCCCUCUUUACCGCAGAGUGGUGGCCCUCCGGCCCCCUCCGUCUUGCCCAGCUGCUCCGACCACCUCCUGCCGCCGAGUCACGUGGCCUUCACCACGGCCCUCAGCCCCCACUGCAACGUGAAAACACACACCUUCCGCCAGGGGCAGGCCUUUGUGCGCAGAGACCAGGACGGCGGGUGGAAGCUGACUUGGGUGCCCAAGAAGGCGGAGUAAAGAUGGCCGCCGGCCCCUGCUCUCCCCAACACUGCCAGCAAAGAAUGUUUACAGACUGACGUCUCAGCGUGCUGAAAAACCAGCCUUUGUUGCACUUCUUGGAAAAUGGAACACUUGU